UUAAUUUAGGUUGAACAUAGCAUGCGGCAGCGGCACUGCCGUGUACACGGAGCAGGGUGAACAUGAUGAACUUGGUCGUUUUGAAUGUACUUCAUAAGACCAGUUUUUUAAUGAGUUAAUGUCACCGUUUAUACAUGGAGAUUUUGGGCAGCACCUUUGAUGAUUCCGUGUUUGAGGAAUCAAGAAACAGGGUGUCGACAGUUCUCCCAACUUACAACGCUAAGUUCUGUGAAGCUCAGUGGUUCUGUGAAGAUGCCGAUACAGAGGAUAUGUUGGAGAAACAGAAAGUCUACAAAUUUCGGGCCGACCUGGCAUACAGACGGAAACAGUACCAGGCAGCCUUAGGUGACUACACAACGUGCCUGUCAUUUGUCCCUGAUGGGAAUAUGUCCAUCAGGCGGGAUGUACUUGAGGGUAUUGCGCGUUGCAGUUAUCAACUUGACAGACGAGAGCAAGCUCAGGAAAUAACGGAAAAACUUAGGAAAGAGGCAUCAAACACCUGCCACCUCACCUGCGUCCUACAAAUGGAACUGAGUAUCUCGGAGCGUUUCGGUGAUGCCCGGUCUGCUGUCGUGGCCCUGCAGCAGCUCUGCUCCCUGCAUCCUUUCAACCCCUGGCACUGGCACAAGCUGGCCUCCGUCUGCCACACUCUACUGAACACCGCUCACGCCACCCCUUCACCGAGCCCAGUCACUGGGCCUUUGAGGCUGGAGGAGGGGGGAGUGCCCACGGACCCUCAGAGAGAGGAGAAGGAGCUCUGGCUAAAGGCCUGCAUGGGCUUUAUUCGAACAAGGCUCCUGGUUGCCAUUCUGCGGAUCCAGCAGUCAUCUUUCGUGCUGCAGACCAGCGAGCGAGUGGUUCUGGAGGCAGACGAGGCCUUGCAGCGGCUGCAGCCCUCGGAGAGCACGGUCCAGCUCAUAGCCGAGGUGUUGUCAGAAGACCUAAACCCAGAGAAAAUGAGGGAAGAGAACCAGGAUGGUGAAAGUCUGAUUGGUCUCGGCGUUAAGGACUUUGAGGAGAGAUGGUGGGACAAACUGGUGUAUGCAGGUUUGCUAGAGAACGCAGAGGAGCAAGUCAAUGCAGAAGAGUCUACACAAGAGGUCAGGUGACCGGGUGUCCUCAUUGGGAGGCAACCGAAUGUAUUGACAUUGGUACUUUACACAUAUACAAUUACAUACAUAUUUCAUGUUUGUAUGUCUCAGCAAAACCUCAUGUGUUGAGAUUGUGCAAAUACAUAUUCAUGAAUGGU